AUAGUCAUUAAGUUGCACUUGUUGAUCGGGUAGAUUGCUGAGAAGUUGAGGGCGCCUUCGUUCUGGGAUUUGCAUUGAUUUCACGCUAGGCUGGCUGCCAGCAUGAUGGAACAGCUUAUGCUGGCAGUUUUGCUGGCGGUUUUGCUCGGGAUCGUGGCAGAUGUUGCGAUGGCCGCUCAAAUCAAGGACAAUUUGGAGCUACCCGAAUAUUACAAACGUCCGGCCAAAAUUCUGCACAACAUCUGUCUGGCAGAAUCCGGUGCCAUGGAGAGCAAACUAAAGCAGUGCAUGGACGGAGUGCUUCAUGACGACCGUGAAGUCAAGUGCUACAUCCAUUGUCUGUUCGACAAGGUGGACGUAAUCGACGAAGCAACCGGGCAGAUCCUGUUGGACCGAUUGGCACCACUGGCACCGGACAACGAUGUGAAGGAUGUGUUCAAUCAUUUGACCAAAGAGUGCGGUCAUAUCAAACUUCAAGAUUCCUGCGAUACGGCGUACGAAGUGGCCAAGUGUUACUUCGCGGCACACGAUCAGGUCGUCAAAUUCUGUCACCUGUUGAUGGCUGAUGUUACCAGCUAGAGUCAGACUAAAGUUAUGAAGGAAUUUUGAAACGACUGUAUAGUGACCUUCUGGCAAUGUAAAUAGGCUCAUCUCUCCGGCAAGCAACUGCAAUACUGAUCAAACCGUAGAUUAUAGUAGAAGGCAGCAUGAACGUACGUAUGGGACCACCUCGCAGCUUAGUAGUGAAACCAUUUUAUGAGUAUUUUUUUAAUAAAUUAAAUAGAGAUUAAGUAAACGAGUUUA